AUGGCGGUGUUUCACGACGAGGUGGAGAUCGAGGAUUUCCAAUAUGAUGAGGAAUCGGAAUCAUAUUUCUACCCCUGUCCGUGUGGUGAUAACUUCUGUAUCACUAAGGAGGAUUUGGAGAAUGGGGAAGAUGUGGCAACGUGUCCAAGCUGCUCUCUCAUUAUAAAAGUGAUUUAUGACAAAGAUCAGUUUAUGUGUGGAGAAACAGUCCCAGCCUCUUCCACCAACAAAGAGUUAGUUAAAUGCUGA